AUGGGUUUUAUUGCUGGCUUCGCUGGCGGGCUUGCUCUCACCUACUCUAUCAUCCAGCUGACGAUGCUAAAACAGCUUUCCGAUAGACAGCGGCAGCAAGAUCUUCUUCGGGAACAGAUUGAUUCUCUGAACAACAUGUCUAUGCCGGCUACUGCCACACACAACGUGCGCGAUGAGGUGGACUAUGCUGCAGCACUGGCACGACGAGGCUACGCACCACCUGAGGGGCCAACGAUUGUUGAUACAUGGAAAAUGAGAUGGAAUGAAGAGGUGAAGUCAAUGGCACGGAGCAUCCAUGAGUUCAGCUGGGAGGACAUAAGGGAGGCGUUCAGAAAGGCGCGUGGAGGGUAG